AUGUUGCACACGAAAAUGAUGACGAGAUUGGGCAGAAAUGUAUUACAAGCAGGUGUGACGGACCGGCCUGCAACAGUAAUCCAUGUUUUCAGCCCGUUCCAUGUACAUCCAAGUGCAAGAGACUCCGAAUCCAUUGUCUCUCAAAUUCUUGCCAGGUUCAUUUAUCCCGAUAUUCUCCUGGAUUCUCUCCUUUUUCAGGACAACAACUUCUUCCCGAUGCCUCGAAAACGUACGAUUUCAGCUCGGCAGCCACUGCGAAACAGAGCCCUCUCGCCGUGUUCGUACUCAUUUUUCGUUCUAUUCAUACUUGCAAAAUCUCAGCCCGGCCCGGAAAUUCAAAAAAAAUGUUUCUUAGAAAUGUCAAGUAUUCUAUGUAUGUCAAACAGCUCCAAUCAAUAUUACUUUAAAAUAUGAACUUCCAAUAGUGAGUUUAGGCUAGUUGUAGCCAUUUCCUCAUUUUUCUAUGUCCCGCUGAGCGGGCCGGGCCAGAAUGCUUCUGUUAGUAAUUCCCAUGUACUUUUUCAGUAAACUUCUGCGCGUGGACGGAGUGAAACGUGUCUUUUUCGGAGAGGACUUUGUGACAGUGACGAAGGCCGACGAGGCUGUCGAUUGGGCACUCUUGCGCCCCGAAAUCUUCUCGACGAUUGCCGAUCAUUUGCAGACCGGAAAGCCGGUGAUCAACGAGCAGACGGGAGCGGUCGGAGAGGAAGUGGAAGACGACGAAGUGGUGAUGAUGAUCAAGGAGAUUCUGGAGACACGCAUCCGGCCGAUGGUGCAGGAGGACGGCGGAGACAUCACGUACGUGGCAUUCGAGGACGGAGUGGUCAAGCUGAAGAUGCAGGGAUCGUGCACCGGAUGCCCCAGUUCCGGAGUGACUUUGAAGAACGGAAUCGAGAAUAUGCUCACAUUCUACGUGCCGGAAGUGAAAGAAGUGAUCGAAGUUAAGGACGAAUCGGACGAUCUUGUCGAAAACGAAUUGAAGAAGUUCGAACAGUCCAGAGGAAUCAAAGACUGA